GCUAACCAAACUCACGUGACGGCACAGUCAGCUGUCGAAAUAGCUGCGGGCGGCAGCGAAGAUGGCGGAAGAAAUGGUUGGUCGGCUUCAUAGCGCAACGAUGGUGUUUUCGCUGUUAUUGAGUAUUUUCACAACGCGGAGCUGCAGCGAACACGUCCCGCUGAUAAUGUGGUCCAGUGAAGGGCGCUCCCUGUGGACACAGGAUCCCCCAGUGGCUGGUCACAUUGUAUCCAGAUCCCAGCUGGAGACCUACCUGAGUUCUGCUUUCGGAUCUACUCCUAAUUCUGCCCCUCGUACCGUGCUGCUCUUCCUGCAGGACAGGUUAAGCGUGGACGAUGUCACGCUAUACGGUGGCGUGUUUGGAAACAAACAGGACAGCGUCUUUCCCAAUUUGGAGGCAGCACUGCAGUCCUCCUCUUCAUCGCUGGUGUUGCCGUCGGUGUCGGGUUCUGCCUCUGUCCCUGAGGUGCUGCAGGAGCUGCUGGAUGUGGCCCCCCUCUCCGUGGACCCUGAGCAGCUCGACAGGCUGCACCUGGAUGUGUCCAGCCCUGCCUUGCUGGUCUUUCGGCUGCCGCUUGGCACUGGUUCCGAUGACAUGGCUGCCAAAGACAGUCUCAGGGAAAGCGAUAGGCUGAUGGGGAACGUCCUGGAAGCGGUGAAGGCACAGGCCGUGCCCUAUAUCGCGGUCUACACCGCCCUUGCGCCCUCAAGGGUGACACGGCAUGUGAACCCAGCCCCCCAGUCAGCAGGCCGCUCCUUGCUACAGGCUACAAAUGACGUCUUUGCCCCACUGCAGAUCCAUGACAAUAUGGGAAAUAUUUGCAUCCUGUUUUGGGCAAGCAACCUUACAGUCAGCUUCCUUCAGACUGGUCAGAAAGCUGACUUGACCGACACGACGUUUAUCUCAAGUGGGGUUGACACAGGUGGCUCCUUUUGUAAUGCUUCAAACUCCCAACUCGUGCUCAAAUAUGGAAACAUUCUAGGCUUUAAAACUUUCCAACUCACCUUUGCCAUGAGUCAGCGCCUCUACCCAGUGUCUGCACGGCAGUGGUUCACUCUGGACCAGGUUCAGCUGAACUAUGAUGGUCAGAAGGCCACUUUCAAUGGCAGCAAUGCCAUCACCGCCCCAUCUGAGUAUUCAUACCACUGUCAGAUGGUCAGCAACUCUGAAUACCCUCUGCUGGUACCAAGCACCCCUGCAGACAACGCAGGCCAGUGGAUCCUCACCUUCACUGACUUUCAGAUCCAGGGUUUCGGCGUAACUGGGGAGAAUUUCUCCUACGCUAACGACUGUGCCAGCUUCUUCACACCUGGGAUCUGGAUGGGCCUGGUGACGUCGCUUCUCUUGCUGCUCAUCCUCACUUACGGCCUGCAGAUGAUCAUGCACCUGCGCAGCAUGGACAGAUUCGAUGACCCCAAGGGCCCUGCCAUUGCUGUGCCUCAGACUGACUGAGGCAUCCCGUCUCCCUUCAGAUUCCAUGUGAGCAGAGUGUGUCCUUUAGCUCUCGGAUCCCGUAAACACUUAACCUUUAUCUCAGGGUUUUUUUUUUUUUUUUUAAAUCCCCUUCCAGGGCUCCCAGUUUGAUUUACUCAAUGGUACUUAGUGUGCCGGUGAAAUGCAACCAUUAAUAAAGUUCUGGAGGUAUUUGCCCUUUUUAUCACUGGUUCCAGAGUGGAACCACACCAUCUUCUUUCUGUUCGUGGUUCUGUAUUCAUGGCAGGCAUUGAUGUAUAGUAACCCUUAUGAAUUUCAGUGUGUUAACUAUGGGGAAUCUGUACAUUAUAGAGUGGCUAUUGUAAUAUUGAAUGAAUUAUGUAUCCUGUUAUGUGCAGUGUAAGGUGUAAAUAAUCAUUUCCACUGAAUUGGUUUUGUUUUAUGUAAGUAAUUAUGUGAAGGUAUAAAGAACAAGGAGAUUUUAACUGCGAGAAAUGGUCUCUUUUGUGUUCAGACCCAUGGAACUGCUUUAUUUUACAGGGAUUAAACCUUAUAAUUUGUGACUUUUUCCCAGUAAUCAGUUGUGCUUUUAAAUAUGAUCUCACCUCUGUUCUGGUAUAACUCAUCUGUCAGAAAAUGUGGUAUUUUAAAUAAAUACAUGUUACGAUUCA